UUUCUGUUCGUGAAUCUCCUAUAAUUUACAGUGGAAAGGGUAAUCUGCAAUUCGCCCGAACAUGGUUAGCUUCUCCUCCAAGCUUUCCCGGCAGAUUAGCUUUCUACUGUACAACUUGAACGAUUCCAACUCCGAUUCGGUUUUCCAAGAGCUAUGCAAUUAUACAAUGGAUGGAAUGGAGGGUAGCAUAUUACUGCUCCAAGCCUGUUUUGACCACCUCAAUAUUUAUUCAAGCAAGUUAAAGGAUAUAAAGCUGCAACCGAUAUUUGCUUCAAUAUUCAAACAUGUUUUGAAUAAACCUAACUUUAGUUCAAUAUUAAGUGAGUCACUUCAGUCUAAAGCCAUCAAUGACGAACUACUGCAGAAUCUUUCUGAUGCUCUACACUUGUCAGUACCUGAUAAAAUUGGAGUUGGUCUUGCUAUGUCUAAUUCUGAAGAUCAUGAUACCAGGAUGUGUGGAAAGAAUUUCUGUUUGAGUCAGAUUACGGAGCUGUGUGCCAAUCCUGUUGCAUUUGAGUCAACUGAGAUAAUUCAGCAUAUUCUUGUGUUACUUAGUCGGUCUGAAGGCCUCUCUAAGCAUUUAGAUUCAUUCUUGCAAAUGUUAUCUCUUGUGCAACUGAAGGCCGAGACUCAAUUUGUCAUCACACCUUUUCUUCACGAUGAACUACGUGGAGAUAACUUCUUCAGACUGGAUGAGGGGAGUGAAGAUGAUUUUGAUGCUAUUCUAGCAGAAAUGGAGAAAGAAAUUAGCAUUGCUGAUGUAAUGUGUGAGCUAGGUUAUGGGUGUACUGCUAAUUUGUCUCAGUGCAAAGAAAUGUUGUCUCUUUUCUUGCCUCUUACUGAUGCCACAGUUGCAAAGAUACUUGGUACGAUUGCCAGAACUUAUGCAGGUCUUGAUAACAGCCAAAAUGUCUAUGCUACAUUCCGCUCUGCCCUUGGUGGUAAUAGUGUACUGGAUCUGCCAUCUUUGAAUUCUUGGAAUGUUGAUGUCCUUGUAGAUUCAAUCAAGCAACUUGCUCCGGGAAUUAACUGGAUUUAUGUCAUGGAGAAUCUGGAUCAUGAGGGAUUUUAUAUUCCUAAUGAGGCAGCAUUUUCAUUUUUUAUGUCUAUCUACAAGCAUGCGUGCCAGGAACCAUUCCCUCUCCAUACUAUUUGUGGAUCUAUUUGGAAGAAUGUUGAGGGUCAGCUAUCUUUUCUAAAAAAUGCAGUCGCUGCACCACCUGAAGUUUUUACCUUUGCUCAUUCUGAAAGGCAGCUGUCCUAUGAUGAUGCUGUGCGUGGGCAUACAUUGCAUUCUGGACCAAAUCGUGCUUGGUCAUGUCAUAAUCUGCUGGUGGUUCUGUGCCAGCUAUCUGAGAUGGGCCAUGCAAGUUUCAUUAGAUCUGUCAUUGAAUCUCCUCUUAAUAACUUCCCUGAAGUAUUACUUCUUGGAAUGGCCCAUGUUAAUGUAGGUGACAUCAGAAAUGAUCUUGAUUUUUUGUUCUGCUUUUUAUACGGUUUAUUGUUUAUUAGCAUGAAGCCAGCACAAUCUUCUUCUGUGCAGCCUGUAAUUGCUCCUUUGAACGGUACACCUACCCUUCCUAAGUCACGCAGUGGCGCUUUGCUGUCAAUACAAUCUGCUUCGUCGAGUUUUUCACGGUCGUCUAUAUCAACCUCAGCAAAGUCUGUCUCUGCAUUAAACAUUGAGACCCUAGUUGCUGCACUUGAGAGAAGAGAAACUCCAAUAGAGGUGAUUGGAUAUACUUGUACAAUUAUGAUGAAUGAUGAUUUAGAGAUGACCUACCAAUCCACCAUGUACAUGGAAGCUUAUUAUGUAGAACUGCCAGUGGGACAACGAAAAAGGGUGGUUAUGAGGAGGGUAAGCAUUGAACCAAAUUUUCAAGAUUUGUACCUGAAGUUUCUUGAUAAAGUAAAUUUGAAACCUUUGAACAAAGAGAUUGUGCAAGCCACUUAUGAAAACUGCAAGGCUCUCUUGGGAUCAGAACUUAUAAAAUCUAGUGUGGAAGAACGAUCACUGCUGAAAAAUUUAGGAUGCUGGCUUGGGAAGAUUACUAUCGGAAGAAAUAAAGUUCUAAGGGCACGAGAGAUGGAUCUAAAAGCUUUGAUUAUAGAGGCAUAUGAAAAGGGACUCAUGAUAGCUGUUAUUCCUUUUACCUCAAAGAUUCUUGUACCCUGUUCGAGCAGUAUUGCAUAUGGGCCUCCAAACCCUUGGACAAUGGGAAUUCUUGGGUUGCUUGCUGAGAUUUAUGUAAUGCCAAACUUGAAGAUGAAUCUCAAAUUUGAGAUUGAGGUUCUGUUUAAGCAUUUAAGUGUUGACUUCAGGAAUGUCACACCCACUUAUCUUCUGAAGGACAUAGUUCGAGAAGUUGAAGGUAAUCCUGAUUUUUUGAAUAAGGAUGUUGGAUCUUCACAGCCACCAAGAAUGAAUGAGGUGAAAUCUGGAAUUAUUUCGAAAAUUAACCAAGUUGAGAUACCCCUUGAUGUUGCUGCCUCUCCCCAUCCUGCCGGCCACUCUUGUAUUAUGCCUCAGUAUGCUGCAGCUGUCCCUCAUUCAUCUGGAACUUUGACUGAGGUUGAGAAGCUAGUUAGCUUGGGAUAUUCUGACCAGCUUCCUUCUGCUCAAGGCCUUUUACAAGGACAGUCACAAUAUGCAGUUAAUCAGUUUCCUGUACUAGCAGCUAAUAUUGAACACCAAGUGGUUGUCAAUAAGAGGCUUCAGGCUUAUGGCUUACACUUGCACUUUCAGAGUGUACUUCCAGUUGCCAUGGAUAGAGCUGUUAAAGAAAUAGUGUCUGGUAUUGUGCAACGCAGUGUUUCUAUUGCGACUGACACAACUAAGGAACUUGUCUUGAAGGACUAUGCCAUGGAGCCUGAUGAGACUCUUAUACGAAAUGCAGCACAUUUGAUGGUAGCAAGGUUGGCAGGAAGUUUUGCUCAUGUAACCUGCAAGGAACCUUUACGUGGUUCAUUAUCAAGCCAGCUCAGAAGCUCACUUCAGGGGUUAGCCAUAGCAAGUGAUCUUCUAGAACAGGCAUUUCAACUGGUGAUCAAUGAUAAUCUGGACCUAGGCUGUGUGUUGAUUGAACAAGCUGCAACUGAGAAGGCAGUCCAAACCAUUGAUGGGGAAAUGGAUCAACAACUUUCUAUUAGGAGAAAGCAUAGAGACAGUGUUGGUGUUGCUUUUUAUUAUGCUAGCCUUUAUGCCCAAGGUCAAAUGAGUAUUUUACCUGAGGCCCUUCGUCCUAAGCCAGGCCACCUGUCUCAUGCACAACAGCGAGUUUAUGAGGAUUUUGCUCGGUUCCCAGGACAGAAUUGUUCCACCCAGAGCUCAAAUGCAGUCCCAGUUGGCCACUCUGCUUCAUCAGAAGGUGGAUUGUCCCGACAAUUUGCAUCUACUUCUGGCAAAAUGAGUGGUAGCAUUUACUCAUCUGGCCUUGUUAGCACUGGAUUUGGUGCUAUGCCCCAGGCACUGGAAAUUGACUCUGAUGAGAUAGCGCCUGUUCGAUGCCAGAUUCCUGCAAGUGUUCCCUCAUCUCAUAUUUCAAUUGGCGAUGGUCCACAAACUCCAGAAAAUGACAUCAUUCCUUCAUUCCUUUCUGCGUUGGACACUGGUAUGCUACAGAUAGAACCUUCCCAUUCUGCAAAAGAACCUGGAAAUGCUUCACAUCCUACUAAUGCAACUCUGGCUUCUGAGCAUCCUGGGACAAAUGUCUCUGAGCCAUUAGUAACCACUGGUGACACAUUGUGUAACUACCAGACUAUCUCAGAGAAGCUAGAAAAUCAGUUGGCUAAUGAAGCGAAAGAGGUUGAGAUUCAGCUUACUGCAAGACCUGAAUCCGCAGAGUCAUUACAACAGCUGAUUGAAAUAGCUAAGAACCCUGCUAAUGCUGGAAAUUUGUCUCCUUCGGCUGUUGGUAAAGAAGAAAUUGCACGAACCUCCAGGGACAAAAAGUUGGUGGAACCUGGGCUUCAUGGGACAAGCAGGGAAGAAUUCAGUGUGACAGAAUUGAUGGAUUUUGAUGCUGCUGGUUUCUCUGAACAGGUAUUUGGGUUGUUUGCUGAAUGGUACCAAAUAUGUGAACUUCCUGGAGCAAAUGAUGUGGCUUGUGCUCGCCAUGUCUCACUCUUGCAACAGAGAGGGCUGCUUAAAGGAGAUGAUAUGACUGAUCGAUUUUUCCGCAGGAUUAUGGAACUCUCUGUAUCACAUUGUCUAUCAUCGGAGGAUAUAAAUUCUAGCCCUUGCCCUUCUACUCAAGGACAACCACUAUCAUUCCUCGCUAUUGAUAUAUAUGCGAAGUUAGUUUUCUCAGUUCUGAAGUUUUGCCCUGUGGAUCAAGGCUCGAGGAAACUUUCACUUCUGCCAAAGGUUCUUGCUCUUACGGUGAAAUUUAUUCUAAAAGAUGCUGAGGAGAGAAAGGCGUCAUUUAAUCCAAGGCCCUACUUUAGGUUGUUUGUUAAUUGGCUGCUUGAUUUGUGUUCAUUGGAUCCUGUAUUUGAAGGUGGCAAUUUUCAGGUAUUGACUACUUUGGCGAAUUCCUUCCAUGCAAUUCAGCCUCUCAAGGUCCCAGGGUUCAGCUUUGCGUGGCUCGAGUUGGUUAGUCAUAGAAGUUUUAUGCCAAAGCUGCUUGCUGCAAAUGCACAAAAAGGAUGGCCAUAUAUUCAGAGGUUACUGGUGGACUUGUUCCUGUUCAUGGAACCAUUCCUGAGGAAGGCUGAACUUGAUGAACCGGUGAAAUUUCUGUACAAAGGAACACUCCGAGUGUUGUUGGUGCUACUUCAUGAUUUUCCAGUGUUCCUUUGUGAUUAUCAUUUCAGCUUUUGUGAUGUCAUCCCCCCCAGAUGCAUACAAAUGCGGAAUAUAAUCCUUAGCGCAUUUCCUCGCAAUAUGAUGCUUCCAGAUCCUUCUACUCCUAACUUAAAGAUUGACCUUCUGGCGGAGAUUAAUCAUACGCCGAGAAUUCUUUCAGAUGUUGAUACCGCACUUAAAGCAAAGCAGAUCAAGGAUGAUGUGGACGAGUAUCUUAAGACUAGGCAACAAGGAUCCCCGUUUCUCACUGAGUUGAAGCAGAAGCUUCUAAUAUCUACAAGUGAUGCUGCUUGUGCCGGGACUCGUUACAAUGCUCCUUUAGUUAACUCCCUUGUUCUUUAUGUGGGGCUGCAGGCUAUUCAGCAACUGCAAGCGAGAAAACCCCCUCAUGCUCAAACCAUGGGUAAUAUGAGUGCAUUCUUGGAGAGUGCUGCUCUGGAUGUUUUCCAAACGUUAAUAAUGGAUCUUGAUAGAGAGGGCCGAUACCUUUUCCUGAAUGCCAUUGCCAACCAAUUGCGCUAUCCAAAUAACCAUACCCAUUUUUUCUCCUUUGUUCUUCUUUAUCUGUUUGCUGAAUCAAACCAGGAAUUGAUCCAGGAGCAGAUUACUAGAGUCUUGUUGGAACGUUUGAUCGUCAUUAGGCCUCAUCCAUGGGGUCUUAAGAUGACAUUUAUUGAGCUAAUCAAGAAUCCGAGGUAUAACUUCUGGAGUAGGUCGUUUACGAGGUGCACACCUGAGAUCGAGAAGUUGUUUAAAUCAGUAUCUUGGUCGUUUGGGGGCUCCAAACCUGUUGAUGACAGUGUAGUACCUGACACCCUUCAUUAAACAAACCCUGUUGUGAAUGUAAAUUCUCCAUUUCCUUAAUAUUUACUAUCCCUUGAACAUAUAUCUCAAGUUUCUUCUCUACAA